AUGUCAGUUUAUAAUAACCCUGUGAGUGAUGUCACAGUUUAUAAUAGUCCUGUCAGUGUUUCUAUUAGCAGUGAUGUCACAGUUUAUAAUAACCCUGUCAGUGAUAUCACAGUUUAUAAUAAUCCUGUCAGUGUUUCUAUUAGCAGUGAUAUCACAGUUUAUAAUAAUCCUGUCUGUGUUUCUAUUAGCAGUGAUAUCAGUUUAUAAUAAUCCUGUCAGUGUUUCUAUUAGGAGUGAUAUCGCAGUUUAUAAUAACCCUGUCAGUGUUUCUAUUAGCAGCGAUUUCGCAUUUUAUAAUAAUCCUGUCAGUGUUUCUAUUAGCAGCGAUGUGUUUCUAUUAGCAGUGAUAUCACAGUUCAUAAUAAUCCUGUCAGUGUUUCUAUUAGCAGUGAUAUAGCAGUUUAUAAUAAUCCUGUCAGUGUUUCUAUUAAUAGUGAUAUCGCAGUUUAUAAUCCUGUCAGUGUUUCUAUUAAUAGCGAUAUUGCAGUUCAUAAUAAUCCUGUAAGUGAUGUCACAGUUUAUAAUAAUCCUGUCAGUGUUUCAAUUAGUAGUGAUGUCACAGUUUAUAAUAAUCCCUGUCAGUGUUUCUAUUAGUAGUGAUAUAGCAGUUUAUAAUAAUCCUGUCAGUGUUUCUAUUAGCAGUGAUAUAGCAGUUUAUAAUUAUCCUGUCAGUGAUGUCACAGUUUAUAAUAACCCUGUAAGUGAUUUCACAGUUUAUAAUAAUCCUGUCAGUGUUUCUAUUAGUAGUGAUAUUGCAGUGUCAGUGUUUCUAUCGCAGUUUAUAAUAAUCCUGUCAGUGUUUCUAUUAAUAGCGAUAUUGCAGUUUAUAAUAAUCCUGUAAGUGAUGUCACAGUUUAUAAUAACCCUGUAAGUGAUUUCACAGUUUAUAAUAAUCCUGUCAGUGUUUCUAUUAGUAGUGAUAUUGCAGUUUAUAAUAAUCCUGUCAGUGUUUCUAUUAGCAGCGAUAUCGCAGUUUAUAAUAAUCAUGUCAGUGAUGUCACAGUUUAUAAUAACCCUGUAAGUGAUUUCACAGUUUAUAAUAAUCCUGUCAGUGUUUCUAUUAGUAGUGAUAUUGCAGUUUAUAAUAAUCCUGUCAGUGUUUCUAUUAAUAGUGAUAUCGCAGUUUAUAAUAAUCCUGUCAGUGUUUCUAUUAAUAGCGAUAUUGCAGUUUAUAAUAAUCCUGUAAGUGAUGUCACAGUUUAUAAUAAUCCUGUCAGUGUUUCUAUUAGCAGUGAUAUCAGCAGUUUAUAAUAAUCCUGUCAGUGUUUCUAUUAGCAGUGAUAUCGUCGUUUAUAAUAAUCCUGUCAGUGAUGUCACAGUUUAUAAUAAUCCUGUCAGUGUUUCUAUUAGCAGUGAUAUCGCAGUUCAUAAUAAUCCUGUCAGUGUUUCUAUUAGCAGUGAUAUCGCAGUUUAUAAUAAUCCUGUCAGUGUUUCUAUUAGCAGUGAUAUCACAUUUUAUAAUAAUCCUGUCAGUGUUUCUAUUACUAGUGAUAUCGCAGUUUAUAAUAACCCUGUCAGUGUUUCUAUUAGUAGUUAUAUAGCAGUUUAUAAUAAUCCUGUCAGUGUUUCUAUUAGUAGUUAUAUAGCAGUUUAUAAUAAUCCUGUCAGUGAUGUCACAGUUUAUAAUAACCCUGUCAGUGUUUCUAUUAGUAGUUAUAUAGCAGUUUAUAAUAAUCCUGUCAGUGUUUCUAUUAGCAGUGAUAUAGCAGUUUAUAAUAAUCCUGUCAGUGUUUCUAUUAGCAGCGAUAUCGCAGUUUAUAAUAAUCCUGUCAGUGAUGUCACAGUUUAUAAUAACCCUGUAAGUGAUGUCACAGUUUAUAAUAACCCUGUCAGUGUUUUUAUUAGUAGUGAUAUAGCAGUUUAUAAUAAUCCUGUCAGUGUUUCUACUAGCAGUGAUAUCGCAGUUUAUAAUAAUCCUGUAAGUGAUGUCACAGUUUAUAACAAUCCUGUCAGUGUUUCUACUAGCAGUGAUAUCGCAGUUUAUAAUAAUCCUGUAAGUGAUGUCACAGUUUAUAAUAAUCCUGUCAGUGUUUCUAUUAGUAGUGAUAUCGCAGUUGAUAAUAACCCUGUCAGUGUUUCUAUUAGUAGUGAUAUCGCAGUUUAUAAUAACCCUGUCAGUGUUUCUAUUAGCAGCGAUAUCGCAGUUUAUAAUAACCCUGUCAGUGUUUCUAUUAGCAGUGAUAUCACAGUUUAUAAUAAUCCUGUCAGUGAUGUCACAGUUUAUAAUAACUCUUUCAGUGAUGUCACAGUUUAUAAUAACUCUGUCAGUGUUUCUAUUAGUAGUGAUAUCACAGUUUAUAAUAAUCCUCUCAGUGUUUCUAUUAGUAGUGAUAUCGCAGUUGAUAAUAACCCUGUCAGUGUUUCUAUUAGCAGCGAUAUCACAGUUUAUAAUAAUCCUGCCAGUGAUGUCACAGUUUAUAAUAACUCUUUCAGUGAUGUCACAGUUUAUAAUAAUCCUGUCAGUGUUUCUAUUAGCAGUGAUAUAGCCGUUUAUAAUAAUCCUGGCAGUGUUUCUAUUAGCAGUGAUAUCACAGUUUAUAAUAACCCUGUCAGUGUUUCUAUUAGCAGUGAUAUCACAGUUUAUAAUAAUCCUGUCAGUGUUUCUAUUAGUAGUGAUAUAGCAGUUUAUAAUAAUCGUGUCAGUGUUUCUAUUAGCAGUGAUAUCACAGUUUAUAAUAACCCUGUCAGUGUUUCUAUUAGUAGUGAUAUUGCAGUUUAUAAUAAUCCUGUCAGUGUUUCUAUUAGCAGUGAUAUCACAGUUUAUAAUAAUCCUGUCAGUGUUUCUAUUAGCAGUGAUAUAGCCGUUUAUAAUAAUCCUGGCAGUGUUUCUAUUAGCAGUGAUAUCACAGUUUAUAAUAACCCUGUCAGUGUUUCUAUUAGCAGUGAUAUAGCCGUUUAUAAUAAUCCUGGCAGUGUUUCUAUUAGUAGUAAUGUCACAGUUUAUAAUAAUCCUGGCAGUGUUUCUAUUAGUAGUGAUGUCACCGUUUAUAAUAACCCUGUCAGUGUUUCUAUUAGUAGUGAUAUAGCAGUUUAUAAUAAUCCUGGCAGUGUUUCUAUUAGCAGUGAUAUAGUAGUUUAUAAUAAUCCUGUCAGUGAUGUCACAGUUUAUAAUAAUCCUGUCAGAGUUUCUAUUAGCAGCGAUAUCGCAAUUUAUAAUAAUUCUGUCAGUGUUUCUGUUAAUAGCGAUAUUGCAGUUAAUAAUAAUCCUGUCAGUGAUGUCACAGUUUAUAAUAAUCCUGUCAGUGUUUUUAUUAGUAGUGAUAUUGCAGUUUAUAAUAAUCCUGUCAGUGUUUCUAUUAUCAUUCAUAUCACAGUUUAUAAUAAUCCUGUCAGUGUUUCUAUUAGCAGUGAUAUCACAGUUUAUAAUAACCCUGUCAGUGUUUCUAUUACCAGUGAUAUAGCCGUUUAUAAUAAUCCUGUCAGUGAUGUUACAGUUUAUAAUAAUCCUGUCAGUGUUUCUAUUAGUAGUGAUAUAGCGGUUUAUAAUAAUCCUGACAGUGUUUCUAUUAGCAGUGAUAUCACAGUUUAUAAUAAUCCUGUCAGUGUUUCUAUUAGUAGUGAUAUAGCAGUUUAUAAUAAUCCUGGCAGUGUUUCUAUUAGCAGUGAUAUCACAGUUUAUAAUAAUCCUGUCAGUGGUGUCACAGUUUAUAAUAAUCCUGUCAGUGUUUCUAUUAGUAGUAAUGUCACAGUUUAUAAUAAUCCUGUCAGUGUUUCUAUUAGUAGUGAUGUCACCGUUUAUAAUAACCCUGUCAGUGUUUCUAUUAGUAGUGAUAUAGCAGUUUAUAAUAAUCCUGUCAGUGUUUCUAUUAGCAGUGAUAUAGUAGUUUAUAAUAAUCCUGUCAGUGUUUCUGUUAAUAGCGAUAUUGCAGUUAAUAAUAAUCCUGUCAGUGUUUUUAUUAGUAGUGAUAUUGCAGUUUAUAAUAAUCCUGUCAGUGUUUCUAUUAUCAUUCAUAUCACAGUUUAUAAUAAUCCUGUCAGUGUUUCUAUUAGCAGUGAUAUCACAGUUUAUAAUAACCCUGUCAGUGUUUCUAUUACCAGUGAUAUAGCCGUUUAUAAUAAUCCUGUCAGUGAUGUUACAGUUUAUAAUAAUCCUGUCAGUGUUUCUAUUAGUAGUGAUAUAGCGGUUUAUAAUAAUCCUGACAGUGUUUCUAUUAGCAGUGAUAUCACAGUUUAUAAUAAUCGUGUCAGUGUUUCUAUUAGCAGUGAUAUCACAGUUUAUAAUAACCCUGUCAGUGUUUCUAUUAGUAGUGAUAUAGCAGUUUAUAAUAAUCCUGUCAGUGUUUCUAUUAGCAGUGAUAUCACAGUUUAUAAUAAUCCUGUCAGUGUUUCUAUUAGCAGUGAUAUAGCCGUUUAUAAUAAUCCUGGCAGUGUUUCUAUUAGCAGUGAUAUCACAGUUUAUAAUAACCCUGUCAGUGUUUCUAUUAGCAGUGAUAUAGCCGUUUAUAAUAAUCCUGGCAGUGUUUCUAUUAGUAGUAAUGUCACAGUUUAUAAUAAUCCUGGCAGUGUUUCUAUUAGUAGUGAUGUCACCGUUUAUAAUAACCCUGUCAGUGUUUCUAUUAGUAGUGAUAUAGCAGUUUAUAAUAAUCCUGGCAGUGUUUCUAUUAGCAGUGAUAUAGUAGUUUAUAAUAAUCCUGUCAGUGAUGUCACAGUUUAUAAUAAUCCUGUCAGAGUUUCUAUUAGCAGCGAUAUCGCAAUUUAUAAUAAUUCUGUCAGUGUUUCUGUUAAUAGCGAUAUUGCAGUUAAUAAUAAUCCUGUCAGUGAUGUCACAGUUUAUAAUAAUCCUGUCAGUGUUUUUAUUAGUAGUGAUAUUGCAGUUUAUAAUAAUCCUGUCAGUGUUUCUAUUAUCAUUCAUAUCACAGUUUAUAAUAAUCCUGUCAGUGUUUCUAUUACCAGUGAUAUAGCCGUUUAUAAUAAUCCUGUCAGUGAUGUUACAGUUUAUAAUAAUCCUGUCAGUGUUUCUAUUAGUAGUGAUAUAGCGGUUUAUAAUAAUCCUGACAGUGUUUCUAUUAGCAGUGAUAUCACAGUUUAUAAUAACCCUGUCAGUGUUUCUAUUAGUAGUAAUAUAGCAGUUUAUAAUAAUCCUGUCAGUGUUUCUAUUAGCAGUGAUAUCACAGUUUAUAAUAAUCCUGUCAGUGUUUCUAUUAGCAGUGAUAUAGCAGUUUAUAAUAAUCCUGUCAGUGUUUCUAUUAAUAGUGAUAUCGCAGUUUAUAAUCCUGUCAGUGUUUCUAUUAAUAGCGAUAUUGCAGUUUAUAAUAAUCCUGUAAGUGAUGUCACAGUUUAUAAUAAUCCUGUCAGUGUUUCAAUUAGUAGUGAUGUCACAGUUUAUAAUAACCCUGUCAGUGUUUCUAUUAGUAGUGAUAUAGCAGUUCAUAAUAAUCCCGUCAGUGUUUCUAUUAGCAGUGAUAUAGCAGUUUAUAAUUAUCCUGUCAGUGAUGUCACAGUUUAUAAUAACCCUGUAAGUGAUUUCACAGUUUAUAAUAAUCCUGUCAGUGUUUCUAUUAGUAGUGAUAUUGCAGUUUAUAAUAAUCCUGUCAGUGUUUCUAUUAAUAGUGAUAUCGCAGUUUAUAAUAAUCCUGUCAGUGUUUCUAUUAAUAGCGAUAUCGCAGUUUAUAAUAAUCAUGUCAGUGAUGUCACAGUUUAUAAUAACCCUGUAAGUGAUGUCAUAGUUUAUAAUAAUCCUGUCAGUGUUUCUAUUAGUAGUGAUAUCACAGUUUAUAAUAAUCCUGUCAGUGUUUCUAUUAGCAGUGAUAUCACAGUUUAUAAUAAUCCUGUCAGUGUUUCUAUUAGCAGUGAUGUCACAGUUUAUAAUAAUCCUGUCAGUGUUUCUAUUAGCAGUUGUUACGACACGUACCGUCGGGUAGAUGAAGCCGCCGUUUAGGCAAUAAUCCCCUUCUCCAGAAAUGCAGGUUUAAAUCCAGCCGAUCGCCAAACUCCUGAACGAAGUCCGCGAACACGGCAACUCCCGAUCAGCCAAACAGUCGAACGCCUUCCACAGCUAGAAAUAACGAAAGCGCUGUCCCAAUAAUAAUUCCCCCCACAAACGAGACCAAGCUCCGUCUUGAGGGUCAAAUGAAGAUCUGUUUAAUGGGGGCUACCUGCCCGGUAUUUAUGCAGGUCUCCACAAGGUGGACACUCCCCGAGGGGACCUUGUGGAAGACUGUAACACAUAUUGUACAGUAGCCAAUCGCAGUGGCUUCAAUAAUAGCCCUUCCCAUCUUGCCCAUAAUUCCGUCUUCUUUACCUUGGAGAUAAUUGGUGAAGAAACCUAAUUAUCUCCCAAGGUAGAGACCAUCGCCAUCUUAAAUUACAGUGACAAAAGGACAUUAAAAUACACAACUACAGAAAUACCGAAUGCAUAUGGUUCGUGUAACGUAUCCCCAGACAGCCUGGAUCUGAGGGCAUGUUUUCACCGAAUAGCGCUCAGAUCCGAUGUAUCUAGUCGAAUCGCCAUGGAGUCAAAGUCUUUCACCAGUCCUUCGGUAUACGAAUGACUCCAUGGGAUGGCUGUCGGGGUAAAAGUCCAUACGACUGAACAAAACUCCCGAACGACCGACGUUCGCAUGCCUUGUCGAAAAGGAAGGUAGGCAGCAGCUUUUCAGCGGUGUUCGGUAGUUUAAGUGUCCGUUUUUAGGUCCAUACAGUGUUCGUAUGUCCCAAAAUGGCCGCUGCCUCGUGGUCGACAUGCGAACGACGACCACCCGGACGAAUGGAAUGGAGAGGUGUCUGCGGUUAACCACAACGUUCUAAUUGGGGCCAAGAGGUUAACCAGCAGCACACUCCUCUCCUGGGUGGUCGUUCGUUCGGUAGUUUCAAUCGGUAGUUUGCAAAUUACACGAACGGGGUUAUAUGAACAGGCAAUUCAGCGAACAAAGGGAAACAGACGAACCAGCAAUACAGAUGAAUCUGUCACACGGCUCCCCCCUUGUGGGACACUCCGGCAGACCAGGCUUGACCCUUUAGCGGGUCAACGUGGGGAUGACCGGACUAAGAUGGGGUGAGGAUGUCGGUUUGCCUGGACAAUCCAUCUGCGUUCCCAUUCUGCUUGCCGGGUCGAUAAGUGAUGGUGAAGUUAUAUGGCUGUAGUGCUAAACUCCACCUCAGCAGUCUGCCAUUGUCUCCAGAGACCCGGUUAAGCCAGACAAGGGGAUUGUGGUCCGUCACAAGGGAAAAUUCCUGUCCAUAUAAAUACGGGCUUAGCUUCUUCAAUGCCCACACCAGGGCCAAACAUUCCUUCUCCACUGCCGCAUAACUCACUUCUCUGGGUAACAACUUUCUGCUGAGAUAUGCGACAGGGUGCUCUCCUCCAUCUUCCCCGACCUGGCUCAGCACAGCCCCCAGUCCAUACAUGGAAGCAUCUGUAUGGACGAGAAAACGUUUGUUAGGGACUGGGGCAGCCAGGACAGGGGCAUUCACAAGAGCAUGUUUGAGUGCUUGGAACGCAGCUUCACAAGCCGGAGACCACAGGACCUGCUUAGGAAGAUUUUUCUUGGUCAAGUCAGUCAGGGGUUUAGCAAUAGAGCUGUAGUCGGGGACGAAGCGUCUAUAGUACCCUGCUGUCCCUAGGAAGGCUAACACCUGGGUCUUGGUGAUAGGUGUGGGCCAGUUGGCAACUGCCUCUAUCUUGGCUGGCUCUGGUCUCUGGCUCCCACACCCUACUCUGUGACCCAGGUACUGCACUUCAGCCAUGCCUAAAUGGCACUUCUCUGGCUUCAAUGUCAGGCCAGCGGCCCGAAUCUUGUCCAGCACUACCCCUACAUGUACUAGGUGUUCUUCCCAGGACUCACUGUAGAUCGCAAUGUCAUCCAGGUAUGCACAAGCAAAUUCCUGGAAUCCAUCAAGAAGUCUAUCCACCAUGCGCUGGAAGGUAGCCGGGGCAUUCUUCAUCCCAAAUGGCAUGACCUUAAAUUGGUACAGGCCAAAUGGGGUGACGAAGGCCGACUUGGGGAUAGCAUCCUCGGCCAGGGGAAUCUGCCAGUAGCCUUUGCACAGGUCUAUGGUGGUCAGAUAGCGUCCCCUGGCAAUGCGAUCUAACAAUUCGUCUACCCGGGGCAUCGGGUAGGCGUCAGUGGUGGUCCGCUCAUUGAGACGCCUGUAGUCCACACAGAAUCGGGUGGUCCCAUCCUUCUUGGGCACCAGGACUACAGGCGAGGCCCAAGGGCUAUCGGAGUGUUCGAUGACCCCCAGCUGGGUCAUCUCCUGUAUCUCUUUCCGCAUUCCUUCCCGGACUGCUUCAGGGAUACGGUAAGGGGGUUGUCGCAGGGGGUUCUGUCCAGGGGUUUCUACCUUGUGUACAGCUAGGGUAGUGUAACCAGGUUCUUGGGAGAAGGUCGCCUGCUUCUCCCACAAAAGCUGUCUUGCCUGGCCCUUCUCGGUAGCGCUCAAUCUGUCCCCUAGCUGUACUAGGCUAGUAAGAUCCGUCUGGGGGUCCCUCUCUAACAGGUCUGGCAAGGGUAAACUUUCUGUAUCAUCUGCAGCAGGGGCACAUACUGCAGCGACAUUCUCCGGUCUCUCCUGAUACUCCUUUAGCAUGUUCACAUGGAAGGAUCGCUGGAUCCUUUCAUCUGAACAGCUGGCUAUAAGGUAGGUAGUAUCACAUAUCUGUGCUAACACCUUAUACGGGCCCUGCCAAGAUGCCUGCAUCUUGUUCGCCUUCACAGGUUUGAGCACUAGUACCUUCUGCCCAACCUGGAAAACUCGCUGUCGGGCACCCCGAUCGUACCACCUCUUCUGUCUCCCCUGAGCCACCUGGAGAUUCUCCCUUACCAUUAGGGACAGUUUCUCCAUGCGGUCCCGGAGUUCCAGAACAUAUGGCACUAUGGGGGUCCCUUCCUGCUCUGUCUCCCCCUCCCAGUGGCCUCUAAUGAGAUCUAGGGGUCCGCGGACCCUUCUCCCAUAUAGCAACUCAAAGGGGGAGAACCCAGUAGAUUCCUGGGGCACCUCUCUGUAGGCAAACAACAGAUGAGGCAGGAAUCGCUCCCAGUCUCUGCAAGUGUCAGAAAAGGUCCUCAGCAUCUGUUUGAGGGUGCCAUUAAAUCGCUCGCAGAGACCGUUAGUCUGUGGAUGGUAAGGUGAGCUAAGCAGCGGUUUAAUACCGCACACCUUCCACAGUUGCUGGGUGAGCACAGCGGUGAAUUGGGUUCCCUGGUCAGAGAGAAUCUCUUGAGGGAACCCGACUCUGGUAAAAAUCCUAACCAGGGCAUCAGCAACUGUCUCUGCCUCUAUAUUAGACAGCGCUACUGCCUCUGGAUAGCGAGUGGCAUAAUCCACCACGGUGAGAAUAUAUUUCUUACCGGAUGGACUAGCCCUGGCCAGUGGACCCACAAUGUCAACGGCUAUGCGGGCAAAGGGCUCCCCAAUGAUAGGCAUAGACAUAAGCCUAGCUCUUGGGUGGUCCCCCCGCUUUCCUAUCCGUUGACAUGUGUCACACGUACUGCAGUAUGUCCGCACAGCCUGAUUGAAGUUUGGCCAAAAAAAGUUCUGCAUGAUCCUAUAGGCUGUGCGGCGGGAACCUAGAUGUCCAGCUAACGGAACAUCAUGCCCUAUCCGCAGAAUCUCCUGCCGGUAUUUCGCGGGCACUACCAGCUGUCGAUUCGGCGGAGGGGCAACACUCUUCGGGGAAAGCUUGGGGAUCCUAUAUAACCUGUCCCCCACCCACUCAUACCGUUCUCCAUCUAAUCCUUCCUCUCCAGUAUCCGCUCUGUCCCUAUACUUCUGGAGGGUCGAGUCUGUCUGAGUUUCCCUCCCAAACUCCUCUGGGGAGUCCCAGUUAACAAAGGUCGGUCCUAGGGUACCAGUCGGGGACUCGGUCCUUACCUGGGUCUCAGCAGCAGGUGGGCUGGUUCCAGCAGCACGGGUCUGGGCACGGGUAGUCACUGGGUUGAUAGCGGCAGGUCCCAUUGGAGCAUAGGCGGACACCAAAGGGGCCAAGUCGUUCCCAAGCAAAACAUCAGCCGGUAAGUCUUUCAUGACCCCCACAUUCACGUGUCCAGAGCCCACCCCCCAAUCCAAGUGAACCCGGGCAACCGGUAAGCGGAACACUGCACCUCCCGCCACCCUCACUGCCACAGUAUCUCCAGUGUGCUGGUGUUCGGACACAAGGUUCUUCUGGAGCAAGGUCAUAGUGGCUCCGGUGUCUCUCAGACCAGUUACCGCUUUGCCAUUUAGUUUAACGGUCUGCCUGUGCUGUUGGCGGUUAUCCUGCUGCGCUGCUUGUACUGGAUCCGCCUCGUGUAAUAUACCCCAAAAUUCCUCCUGCUCAAGACAGUGAGCGGAAGGUGGGGGUGGCUGCUGAUUUCCGCCGGCUGGUCUUCUCCACGACUGUGCUUGGUUCGAAUUGUUUAAUGGGCACUCGGGUCGCUUGUGCCCCAACUGCUUACACCCAUAGCAACGGAUCGGCUGUGAAUAAUCAAGGGCGUUGAAUCGGGCUGGCUGAACGUAAUUGUUCGCUGUUGGCAUGGUGGGGGUGCGUUGUGCUGGGUGUUGAUACACUGCAGAGGUUGGAGGGGCUGCUGGUUUGUACUCCACUCGGGUAGGGACCUUGGCUGCUGUCUGGUCCAGUUUCCUGGCAUCAGUGUACUCAUCAGCCAGACGAGCAGCUUCGGGCAAGGUAGCGGGUUUGCGGUCCCUAACCCACUCUCUGACUCCUACAGGUAAGCGGUCAAAACAGUGCUCCAACAAAAAUACUUGCAGCACCUCUUCCCCAGUUACCGCUUGGCACCCUGCCAUCCAGUGGGCUGCGGUGCGGUGUACUCGGCAUGCCCACUCAACAUAAGAAUCACCAGCCUGCUUGUUAGUGUCCCGGAAUCGCCGCCGGUAUGCCUCAGGGGUCACAGCGUAUCUGGCCAAAAGGGCAUCUUUCACUGCCCUGUAGCUGGUAAGUUCCUCCUCUGGGAUGGCCCGAAACGCCUCACUGGCCCGGCCGGAUAACUUCCCAGAGAGGAUGGGGACCCAUUCUCCUGCGGGUACCUGGUGCAAGGCACAUUGCCUUUCAAAGUCCGCCAGGAACCCAUCAAUUUCUCCUUCGGCUUCUACAAAGUUCCGAAAUGCAGCAAAAGGUACUUUUCUCCUUCCAUUAUUAUUAAACGGUACCUCAGCUGCUGCAGCGCCUCUUCCUUGAAGCGCCUGUUGUGCUGCUACUGCCGCUUGCACUUGCACCACAAUAUCUGCUGCGGGGUUGGGGCCAAAAUGUGCCAGCCUGAUCUGAACUGCCCGGUUAAACUGUAUCUCCUCGGGUGUUAACUCCAGUAUGCCAGGCACAUCAGCUCUUCCCGUUCCCUGUGCUGCAUCCAUUUCCAAUAGUAUGGCAAUAAUCUCUCUUUUCUUGAGAUUACUCGCUGAUCGUCCUCUGCGUUCCAAUAUAUCUUUAAGGGUAGCACGCCUUAACUCCUCAUACUGCAUUUCCAACCUGGGAUGUGUAGCUGGCCUUCUGGGCUGUAGGAUUCAUCCCGUCGCUUGCCACCAAUUGUUACGACACGUACCGUCGGGUAGAUGAAGCCGCCGUUUAGGCAAUAAUCCCCUUCUCCAGAAAUGCAGGUUUAAAUCCAGCCGAUCGCCAAACUCCUGAACGAAGUCCGCGAACACGGCAACUCCCGAUCAGCCAAACAGUCGAACGCCUUCCACAGCUAGAAAUAACGAAGGCGCUGUCCCAAUAAUAAUUCCCCCACAAACGAGACCAAGCUCCGUCUUGAGGGUCAAAUGAAGAUCUGUUUAAUGGGGGCUACCUGCCCGGUAUUUAUGCAGGUCUCCACAAGGUGGACACUCCCCGAGGGGACCUUGUGGAAGACUGUAACACAUAUUGUACAGUAGCCAAUCGCAGUGGCUUCAAUAAUAGCCCUUCCCAUCUUGCCCAUAAUUCCGUCUUCUUUACCUUGGAGAUAAUUGGUGAAGAAACCUAAUUAUCUCCCAAGGUAGAGACCAUCGCCAUGUUAAAUUACAGUGACAAAAGGACAUUAAAAUACACAACUACAGAAAUACCGAAUGCAUAUGGUUCGUGUAACGUAUCCCCAGACAGCCUGGAUCUGAGGGCAUGUUUUCACCGAAUAGCGCUCAGAUCCGAUGUAUCUAGUCGAAUCGCCAUGGAGUCAAAGUCUUUCACCAGUCCUACGGGAUACGAAUGACUCCAUGGGAUGGCUGUCGGGGUAAAAGUCCAUACGACUGAACAAAACUCCCGAACGACCGACGUUUGCAUGCCUUGUCGAAAAGGAAGGUAGGCAGCAGCUUUUCAGCGGUGUUCGGUAGUUUAAGUGUCCGUUUUUAGGUCCAUACAGUUUGUACCGAACACCGCUCUGUGUUCGUAUGUCCCAAAAUGGCCGCUGCCUCGUGGUCGACAUGCGAACGACGACCACCCGUACGAAUGGAAUGGAGAGGUGUCUGCGGUUAACCACAACGUUCUAAUUGGGGCCAAGAGGUUAACCAACAGCACACUCCUCUCCUGGGUGGCCGUUCGUUCGGUAGUUUCAAUCGGCAUUUUGCAAAUACACGAACGGGGGUAUAUGAACAGGCAAUUCCGCGAACAAAGGGAAACAGACGAACCAACAAUGCAGAUGAAUCUGUCACAGCAGUGAUAUCACAUUUUAUAAUAAUCCUGUCAGUGUUUCUAUUACUAGUGAUAUCGCAGUUUAUAAUAACCCUGUCAGUGUUUCUAUUAGUAGUUAUAUAGCAGUUUAUAAUAAUCCUGUCAGUGUUUCUAUUAGUAGUUAUAUAGCAGUUUAUAAUAAUCCUGUCAGUGUUUCUAUUAGCAGUGAUAUCGCAGUUUGUAAUAAUCCUGCCAGUGAUGUCACAGUUUAUAAUAACCGUCAGUGAUGUCACAGUUUAUAAUAAUCCUGUCAGUUUUUCUACUAGCAGUGAUAUCGCAGUUGAUAAUAACCCUGUCAGUGUUUCUAUUAGUAGUGAUAUCGCAGUUUAUAAUAACCCUGUCAGUGAUUCUAUUAGCAGCGAUAUCGCAGUUUAUAAUAACCCUGUCAGUGUUUCUAUUAGCAGUGAUAUCACAGUUUAUAAUAAUCCUGUCAGUGAUGUCACAGUUUAUAAUAACUCUGUCAGUGUUUCUAUUAGCAGCGAUAUCACAGUUUAUAAUAAUCCUGCCAGUGAUGUCACAGUUUAUAAUAACUCUUUCAGUGAUGUCACAGUUUAUAAUAACCCUGUCAGUGUUUCUAUUAGUAGUUAUAUCACAGUUUAUAAUAAUCCUGUCAGUGUUUCUAUUAGCAGUGAUAUCACAGUUUAUAAUAACCCUGUCAGUGUUUCUAUUAGCAGUGAUAUCACAGUUUAUAAUAAUCCUGUCAGUGUUUCUAUUAGCAGUGAUAUCACAGUUUAUAAUAAUCCUGUCAGUGUUUCUAUUAGCAGUGAUAUCACAGUUUAUAAUAACCCUGUCAGUGAUGUCACAGUUUAUAAUAAUCCUGUCAGUGUUUCUAUUAGUAGUGAUAUUGCAGUUUAUAAUAAUCCUGUCAGUGUUUCUAUUAGCAGUGAUAUCACAGUUUAUAAUAAUCCUGUCAGUGUUUCUAUUAGCAGUGAUAUCAUAGUUUAUAAUAAUCCUGUCAGUGUUUCUAUUAGCAGUGAUGUCACAGUUUAUAAUAAUCCUGUCAGUGUUUCUAUUAGCAGUGAUAUCACAUUUUAUAAUAAUCCUGUCAGUGUUUCUAUUACUAGUGAUAUCGCAGUUUAUAAUAACCCUGUCAGUGUUUCUAUUAGUAGUUAUAUAGCAGUUUAUAAUAAUCCUGUCAGUGUUUCUAUUAGCAGUGAUAUCACAGUUUAUAAUAAUCCUGUCAGUGUUUCUAUUAGCAGUGAUAUCGCAGUUUAUAAUAAUCCUGCCAGUGAUGUCACAGUUUAUAAUAACCGUCAGUGAUGUCACAGUUUAUAAUAACCCUGUCAGUGUUUCUAUUAGUAGUGAUAUAGCAGUUUAUAAUAAUCCUGUCAGUCUUUCUACUAGCAGUGAUAUCGCAGAUGAUAAUAACCCUGUCAGUGUUUCUAUUAGUAGUGAUAUCGCAGUUUAUAAUAACCCUGUCAGUGUUUCUAUUAGCAGCGAUAUCGCAGUUUAUAAUAACCCUGUCAGUGUUUCUAUUAGCAGUGAUAUCACAGUUUAUAAUAAUCCUGUCAGUGAUGUCACCGUUUAUAAUAACUCUUUCAGUGAUGUCACAGUUUAUAAUAACCCUGUCAGUGUUUCUAUUAGUAGUUAUAUCACAGUUUAUAAUAAUCCUGUCAGUGUUUCUAUUAGCAGUGAUAUCACAGUUUAUAAUAACCCUGUCAGUGUUUCUAUUACCAGUGAUAUAGCCGUUUAUAAUAAUCCUGUCAGUGAUGUUACAGUUUAUAAUAAUCCUGUCAGUGUUUCUAUUAGUAGUGAUAUAGCGGUUUAUAAUAAUCCUGACAGUGUUUCUAUUAGCAGUGAUAUCACAGUUUAUAAUCGUGUCAGUGUUUCUAUUAGCAGUGAUAUCACAGUUUAUAAUAACCCUGUCAGUGUUUCUAUUAGUAGUGAUAUAGCAGUUUAUAAUAAUCCUGUCAGUGUUUCUAUUAGCAGUGAUAUCACAGUUCAUAAUAAUCCUGUCAGUGUUUCUAUUAGCAGUGAUAUAGCAGUUUAUAAUAAUCCUGUCAGUGUUUCUAUUAAUAGUGAUAUCGCAGUUUAUAAUCCUGUCAGUGUUUCUAUUAAUAGCGAUAUUGCAGUUCAUAAUAAUCCUGUAAGUGAUGUCACAGUUUAUAAUAAUCCUGUCAGUGUUUCAAUUAGUAGUGAUGUCACAGUUUAUAAUAAUCCUGUCAGUGUUUCUAUUAGUAGUGAUAUAGCAGUUUAUAAUAAUCCUGUCAGUGUUUCUAUUAGCAGUGAUAUAGCAGUUUAUAAUUAUCCUGUCAGUGAUGUCACAGUUUAUAAUAACCCUGUAAGUGAUUUCACAGUUUAUAAUAAUCCUGUCAGUGUUUCUAUUAAUAGUGAUAUCGCAGUUUAUAAUAAUCCUGUCAGUGUUUCUAUUAAUAGCGAUAUUGCAGUUUAUAAUAAUCCUGUAAGUGAUGUCACAGUUUAUAAUAACCCUGUAAGUGAUUUCACAGUUUAUAAUAAUCCUGUCAGUGUUUCUAUUAGUAGUGAUAUUGCAGUUUAUAAUAAUCCUGUCAGUGUUUCUAUUAGCAGCGAUAUCGCAGUUUAUAAUAAUCAUGUCAGUGAUGUCAAAGUUUAUAAUAACCCUGUAAGUGAUUUCACAGUUUAUAAUAAUCCUGUCAGUGUUUCUAUUAGUAGUGAUAUUGCAGUUUAUAAUAAUCCUGUCAGUGUUUCUAUUAAUAGUGAUAUCGCAGUUUAUAAUAAUCCUGUCAGUGUUUCUAUUAAUAGCGAUAUUGCAGUUUAUAAUAAUCCUGUAAGUGAUGUCACAGUUUAUAAUAAUCCUGUCAGUGUUUCUAUUAGCAGUGAUAUCGCAGUUCAUAAUAAUCCUGUCAGUGUUUCUAUUAGCAGUGAUAUCGCAGUUUAUAAUAAUCCUGUCAGUGUUUCUAUUAGCAGUGAUAUCACAUUUUAUAAUAAUCCUGUCAGUGUUUCUAUUACUAGUGAUAUCGCAGUUUAUAAUAACCCUGUCAGUGUUUCUAUUAGUAGUUAUAUAGCAGUUUAUAAUAAUCCUGUCAGUGUUUCUAUUAGUAGUUAUAUAGCAGUUUAUAAUAAUCCUGUCAGUGAUGUCACAGUUUAUAAUAACCCUGUCAGUGUUUCUAUUAGUAGUUAUAUAGCAGUUUAUAAUAAUCCUGUCAGUGUUUCUAUUAGUAGUUAUAUAGCAGUUUAUAAUAACCCUGUCAGUGUUUCUAUUAGUAGUUAUAUAGCAGUUUAUAAUAAUCCUGUCAGUGUUUCUAUUAGCAGUGAUAUAGCAGUUUAUAAUAAUCCUGUCAGUGAUGUCACAGUUUAUAAUAAUCCUGUCAGUGUUUCUAUUAGCAGCGAUAUCGCAGUUUAUAAUAAUCCUGUCAGUGAUGUCACAGUUUAUAAUAACCCUGUAAGUGAUGUCACAGUUUAUAAUAACCCUGUCAGUGUUUCUAUUAGUAGUGAUAUAGCAGUUUAUAACAAUCCUGUCAGUGUUUCUACUAGCAGUGAUAUCGCAGUUUAUAAUAAUCCUGUAAGUGAUGUCACAGUUUAUAAUAAUCCUGUCAGUGUUUCUAUUAGUAGUGAUAUCGCAGUUGAUAAUAACCCUGUCAGUGUUUCUAUUAGUAGUGAUAUCGCAGUUUAUAAUAACCCUGUCAGUGUUUCUAUUAGCAGCGAUAUCGCAGUUUAUAAUAACCCUGUCAGUGAUGUCACAGUUUAUAAUAACUCUUUCAGUGAUGUCACAGUUUAUAAUAACUCUGUCAGUGUUUCUAUUAGUAGUGAUAUCACAGUUUAUAAUAAUCCUCUCAGUGUUUCUAUUAGUAGUGAUAUCGCAGUUGAUAAUAACCCUGUCAGUGUUUCUAUUAGCAGCGAUAUCACAGUUUAUAAUAAUCCUGCCAGUGAUGUCACAGUUUAUAAUAACUCUUUCAGUGAUGUCACAGUUUAUAAUAAUCCUGUCAGUGUUUCUAUUAGCAGUGAUAUAGCCGUUUAUAAUAAUCCUGGCAGUGUUUCUAUUAGCAGUGAUAUCACAGUUUAUAAUAACCCUGUCAGUGUUUCUAUUAGCAGUGAUAUCACAGUUUAUAAUAAUCCUGUCAGUGUUUCUAUUAGUAGUGAUAUAGCAGUUUAUAAUAAUCCUGGCAGUGUUUCUAUUAGCAGUGAUAUCACAGUUUAUAAUAAUCCUGUCAGUGGUGUCACAGUUUAUAAUAAUCCUGUCAGUGUUUCUAUUAGUAGUAAUGUCACAGUUUAUAAUAAUCCUGUCAGUGUUUCUAUUAGUAGUGAUAUAGCAGUUUAUAAUAAUCCUGUCAGUGUUUCUAUUAGCAGUGAUAUAGUAGUUUAUAAUAAUCCUGUCAGUGAUGUCACAGUUUAUAAUAAUCCUGUCAGAGUUUCUAUUAGCAGCGAUAUCGCAAUUUAUAAUAAUUCUGUCAGUGUUUCUGUUAAUAGCGAUAUUGCAGUUAAUAAUAAUCCUGUCAGUGUUUUUAUUAGUAGUGAUAUUGCAGUUUAUAAUAAUCCUGUCAGUGUUUCUAUUAUCAUUCAUAUCACAGUUUAUAAUAAUCCUGUCAGUGUUUCUAUUAGCAGUGAUAUCACAGUUUAUAAUAACCCUGUCAGUGUUUCUAUUACCAGUGAUAUAGCCGUUUAUAAUAAUCCUGUCAGUGAUGUUACAGUUUAUAAUAAUCCUGUCAGUGUUUCUAUUAGUAGUGAUAUAGCGGUUUAUAAUAAUCCUGUCAGUGUUUCUAUUAGCAGUGAUAUCACAGUUUAUAAUAACCCUGUCAGUGUUUCUAUUACCAGUGAUAUAGCCGUUUAUAAUAAUCCUGUCAGUGAUAUAGCAGUUUAUAAUAAUCCUGGCAGUGUUUCUAUUAGCAGUGAUAUCACAGUUUAUAAUAACCCUGUCAGUGUUUCUAUUAGUAGUGAUGUCACAGUUUAUAAUAACCCUGUCAGUGUUUCUAUUAGUAGUGAUACAGCAGUUUAUAAUAAUCCUGUCAGUGUUUCUAUUAGUAGUGAUAUAGCAGUUUAUAAUAAUCCUGUCAGUGAUGUCACAUUUUAUAAUAACCCUGUCAGUGUUUCUAUUAGUAGUGAUAUAGUAGUUUAUAAUAACCCUGUCAGUGUUUCUAUUAGUAGUGAUAUAGCAGUUUAUAAUAAUCCUGUCAGUGAUGUCACAUUUUAUAAUAAUCCUGUCAGUGUUUCUAUUAGUAGUGAUAUAGCAGUUUAUAAUAAUCCUGUCAGUGUUUCUAUUAGUAGUGAUGUCACCGUUUAUAAUAACCCUGUCAGUGUUUCUAUUAGCAGUGAUAUCACAGUUUAUAAUAAUCCUGUCAGUGUUUCUAUUAGUAGUGAUGUCACAGUUUAUAAUAACCCUGUCAGUGUUUCUAUUAGUAGUGAUAUAGCAGUUUAUAAUAAUCCUGUCAGUGUUUCUAUUAGUAGUGAUAUAGCAGUUUAUAAUAAUCCUGUCAGUGAUGUCACAUUUUAUAAUAACCCUGUCAGUGUUUCUAUUAGUAGUGAUAUAGUAGUUUAUAAUAACCCUGUCAGUGUUUCUAUUAGUAGUGAUAUAGCAGUUUAUAAUAAUCCUGUCAGUGAUGUCACAUUUUAUAAUAAUCCUGUCAGUGUUUCUAUUAGUAGUGAUAUAGCAGUUUAUAAUAAUCCUGUCAGUGUUUCUAUUAGUAGUGAUGUCACCGUUUAUAAUAACCCUGUCAGUGUUUCUAUUAGCAGUGAUAUCACAGUUUAUAAUAAUCCUGUCAGUGUUUCUAUUAGUAGUGAUGUCACCGUUUAUAAUAACCCUGUCAGUGUUUCUAUUAGCAGUGAUAUCACAGUUUAUAAUAACCCUGUCAGUGUUUCUAUUACCAGUGAUAUAGCAGUUUAUAAUAAUCCUGUCAGUGAUAUAGCAGUUUAUAAUAAUCCUGGCAGUGAUAUAGCAGUUUAUAAUAACCCUGUCAGUGUUUCUAUUACCAGUGAUAUAGCAGUUUAUAAUAAUCCUGUCAGUGAUAUAGCAGUUUAUAAUAAUCCUGGCAGUGUUUCUAUUAGCAGUGAUAUCACAGUUUAUAAUAAUCCUGUCAGUGGUGUCACAGUUUAUAAUAAUCCUGUCAGUGUUUCUAUUAGUAGUGAUGUCACAGUUUAUAAUAAUCGUGUCAGUGUUUCUAUUAGCAGUGAUAUCACAGUUUAUAAUAACCCUGUCAGUGUUUCUAUUACCAGUGAUAUAGCAGUUUAUAAUAAUCCUGUCAGUGAUAUAGCAGUUUAUAAUAAUCCUGGCAGUGAUAUAGCAGUUUAUAAUAACCCUGUCAGUGUUUCUAUUACCAGUGAUAUAGCAGUUUAUAAUAAUCCUGUCAGUGAUAUAGCAGUUUAUAAUAAUCCUGGCAGUGUUUCUAUUAGCAGUGAUAUCACAGUUUAUAAUAAUCCUGUCAGUGUUUCUAUUAGCAGUGAUAUCACAGUUUAUAAUAAUCCUGUCAGUGUUUCUAUUAGCAGUGAUAUCACAGUUUAUAAUAACCCUGUCAGUGAUGUCACAGUUUAUAAUAAUCCUGUCAGUGUUUCUAUUAGUAGUGAUAUUGCAGUUUAUAAUAAUCCUGUCAGUGUUUCUAUUAGCAGUGAUAUCACAGUUUAUAAUAAUCCUGUCAGUGUUUCUAUUAGCAGUGAUAUCAUAGUUUAUAAUAAUCCUGUCAGUGUUUCUAUUAGCAGUGAUGUCACAGUUUAUAAUAAUCCUGUCAGUGUUUCUAUUAGCAGUGAUAUCACAUUUUAUAAUAAUCCUGUCAGUGUUUCUAUUACUAGUGAUAUCGCAGUUUAUAAUAACCCUGUCAGUGUUUCUAUUAGUAGUUAUAUAGCAGUUUAUAAUAAUCCUGUCAGUGUUUCUAUUAGCAGUGAUAUCACAGUUUAUAAUAAUCCUGUCAGUGUUUCUAUUAGCAGUGAUAUCGCAGUUUAUAAUAAUCCUGCCAGUGAUGUCACAGUUUAUAAUAACCGUCAGUGAUGUCACAGUUUAUAAUAACCCUGUCAGUGUUUCUAUUAGUAGUGAUAUAGCAGUUUAUAAUAAUCCUGUCAGUCUUUCUACUAGCAGUGAUAUCGCAGAUGAUAAUAACCCUGUCAGUGUUUCUAUUAGUAGUGAUAUCGCAGUUUAUAAUAACCCUGUCAGUGUUUCUAUUAGCAGCGAUAUCGCAGUUUAUAAUAACCCUGUCAGUGUUUCUAUUAGCAGUGAUAUCACAGUUUAUAAUAAUCCUGUCAGUGAUGUCACCGUUUAUAAUAACUCUUUCAGUGAUGUCACAGUUUAUAAUAACCCUGUCAGUGUUUCUAUUAGUAGUUAUAUCACAGUUUAUAAUAAUCCUGUCAGUGUUUCUAUUAGCAGUGAUAUCACAGUUUAUAAUAACCCUGUCAGUGUUUCUAUUACCAGUGAUAUAGCCGUUUAUAAUAAUCCUGUCAGUGAUGUUACAGUUUAUAAUAAUCCUGUCAGUGUUUCUAUUAGUAGUGAUAUAGCGGUUUAUAAUAAUCCUGACAGUGUUUCUAUUAGCAGUGAUAUCACAGUUUAUAAUAAUCGUGUCAGUGUUUCUAUUAGCAGUGAUAUCACAGUUUAUAAUAACCCUGUCAGUGUUUCUAUUAGUAGUGAUAUAGCAGUUUAUAAUAAUCCUGUCAGUGUUUCUAUUAGCAGUGAUAUCACAGUUCAUAAUAAUCCUGUCAGUGUUUCUAUUAGCAGUGAUAUAGCAGUUUAUAAUAAUCCUGUCAGUGUUUCUAUUAAUAGUGAUAUCGCAGUUUAUAAUCCUGUCAGUGUUUCUAUUAAUAGCGAUAUUGCAGUUCAUAAUAAUCCUGUAAGUGAUGUCACAGUUUAUAAUAAUCCGGUCAGUGUUUCAAUUAGUAGUGAUGUCACAGUUUAUAAUAAUCCUGUCAGUGUUUCUAUUAGUAGUGAUAUAGCAGUUUAUAAUAAUCCUGUCAGUGUUUCUAUUAGCAGUGAUAUAGCAGUUUAUAAUUAUCCUGUCAGUGAUGUCACAGUUUAUAAUAACCCUGUAAGUGAUUUCACAGUUUAUAAUAAUCCUGUCAGUGUUUCUAUUAAUAGUGAUAUCGCAGUUUAUAAUAAUCCUGUCAGUGUUUCUAUUAAUAGCGAUAUUGCAGUUUAUAAUAAUCCUGUAAGUGAUGUCACAGUUUAUAAUAACCCUGUAAGUGAUUUCACAGUUUAUAAUAAUCCUGUCAGUGUUUCUAUUAGUAGUGAUAUUGCAGUUUAUAAUAAUCCUGUCAGUGUUUCUAUUAGCAGCGAUAUCGCAGUUUAUAAUAAUCAUGUCAGUGAUGUCACAGUUUAUAAUAACCCUGUAAGUGAUUUCACAGUUUAUAAUAAUCCUGUCAGUGUUUCUAUUAGUAGUGAUAUUGCAGUUUAUAAUAAUCCUGUCAGUGUUUCUAUUAAUAGUGAUAUCGCAGUUUAUAAUAAUCCUGUCAGUGUUUCUAUUAAUAGCGAUAUUGCAGUUUAUAAUAAUCCUGUAAGUGAUGUCACAGUUUAUAAUAAUCCUGUCAGUGUUUCUAUUAGCAGUGAUAUCGCAGUUCAUAAUAAUCCUGUCAGUGUUUCUAUUAGCAGUGAUAUCGCAGUUUAUAAUAAUCCUGUCAGUGUUUCUAUUAGCAGUGAUAUCACAUUUUAUAAUAAUCCUGUCAGUGUUUCUAUUACUAGUGAUAUCGCAGUUUAUAAUAACCCUGUCAGUGUUUCUAUUAGUAGUUAUAUAGCAGUUUAUAAUAAUCCUGUCAGUGUUUCUAUUAGUAGUUAUAUAGCAGUUUAUAAUAAUCCUGUCAGUGAUGUCACAGUUUAUAAUAACCCUGUCAGUGUUUCUAUUAGUAGUUAUAUAGCAGUUUAUAAUAAUCCUGUCAGUGUUUCUAUUAGUAGUUAUAUAGCAGUUUAUAAUAACCCUGUCAGUGUUUCUAUUAGUAGUUAUAUAGCAGUUUAUAAUAAUCCUGUCAGUGUUUCUAUUAGCAGUGAUAUAGCAGUUUAUAAUAAUCCUGUCAGUGAUGUCACAGUUUAUAAUAAUCCUGUCAGUGUUUCUAUUAGCAGUGAUAUCGCAGUUUAUAAUAAUCCUGUCAGUGAUGUCACAGUUUAUAAUAACCCUGUAAGUGAUGUCACAGUUUAUAAUAACCCUGUCAGUGUUUCUAUUAGUAGUGAUAUAGCAGUUUAUAACAAUCCUGUCAGUGUUUCUACUACCAGUGAUAUCGCAGUUUAUAAUAAUCCUGUAAGUGAUGUCACAGUUUAUAAUAAUCCUGUCAGUGUUUCUAUUAGUAGUGAUAUCGCAGUUGAUAAUAACCCUGUCAGUGUUUCUAUUAGUAGUGAUAUCGCAGUUUAUAAUAACCCUGUCAGUGUUUCUAUUAGCAGCGAUAUCGCAGUUUAUAAUAACCCUGUCAGUGAUGUCACAGUUUAUAAUAACUCUUUCAGUGAUGUCACAGUUUAUAAUAACUCUGUCAGUGUUUCUAUUAGUAGUGAUAUCACAGUUUAUAAUAAUCCUCUCAGUGUUUCUAUUAGUAGUGAUAUCGCAGUUGAUAAUAACCCUGUCAGUGUUUCUAUUAGCAGCGAUAUCACAGUUUAUAAUAAUCCUGCCAGUGAUGUCACAGUUUAUAAUAACUCUUUCAGUGAUGUCACAGUUUAUAAUAAUCCUGUCAGUGUUUCUAUUAGCAGUGAUAUAGCCGUUUAUAAUAAUCCUGGCAGUGUUUCUAUUAGCAGUGAUAUCACAGUUUAUAAUAACCCUGUCAGUGUUUCUAUUAGCAGUGAUAUCACAGUUUAUAAUAAUCCUGUCAGUGUUUCUAUUAGCAGUGAUAUCACAGUUUAUAAUAAUCCUGUCAGUGGUGUCACAGUUUAUAAUAAUCCUGUCAGUGUUUCUAUUAGUAGUAAUGUCACAGUUUAUAAUAAUCCUGUCAGUGUUUCUAUUAGUAGUGAUAUAGCAGUUUAUAAUAAUCCUGUCAGUGUUUCUAUUAGCAGUGAUAUAGUAGUUUAUAAUAAUCCUGUCAGUGAUGUCACAGUUUAUAAUAAUCCUGUCAGAGUUUCUAUUAGCAGCGAUAUCGCAAUUUAUAAUAAUUCUGUCAGUGUUUCUGUUAAUAGCGAUAUUGCAGUUAAUAAUAAUCCUGUCAGUGUUUUUAUUAGUAGUGAUAUUGCAGUUUAUAAUAAUCCUGUCAGUGUUUCUAUUAUCAUUCAUAUCACAGUUUACAAUAAUCCUGUCAGUGUUUCUAUUAGCAGUGAUAUCACAGUUUAUAAUAACCCUGUCAGUGUUUCUAUUACCAGUGAUAUAGCCGUUUAUAAUAAUCCUGUCAGUGAUGUUACAGUUUAUAAUAAUCCUGUCAGUGUUUCUAUUAGUAGUGAUAUAGCGGUUUAUAAUAAUCCUGUCAGUGUUUCUAUUAGCAGUGAUAUCACAGUUUAUAAUAACCCUGUCAGUGUUUCUAUUACCAGUGAUAUAGCCGUUUAUAAUAAUCCUGUCAGUGAUAUAGCAGUUUAUAAUAAUCCUGGCAGUGUUUCUAUUAGCAGUGAUAUCACAGUUUAUAAUAACCCUGUCAGUGUUUCUAUUAGUAGUGAUGUCACAGUUUAUAAUAACCCUGUCAGUGUUUCUAUUAGUAGUGAUACAGCAGUUUAUAAUAAUCCUGUCAGUGUUUCUAUUAGUAGUGAUAUAGCAGUUUAUAAUAAUCCUGUCAGUGAUGUCACAUUUUAUAAUAACCCUGUCAGUGUUUCUAUUAGUAGUGAUAUAGUAGUUUAUAAUAACCCUGUCAGUGUUUCUAUUAGUAGUGAUAUAGCAGUUUAUAAUAAUCCUGUCAGUGAUGUCACAUUUUAUAAUAAUCCUGUCAGUGUUUCUAUUAGUAGUGAUAUAGCAGUUUAUAAUAAUCCUGUCAGUGUUUCUAUUAGUAGUGAUGUCACCGUUUAUAAUAACCCUGUCAGUGUUUCUAUUAGCAGUGAUAUCACAGUUUAUAAUAAUCCUGUCAGUGUUUCUAUUAGUAGUGAUGUCACAGUUUAUAAUAACCCUGUCAGUGUUUCUAUUAGUAGUGAUAUAGCAGUUUAUAAUAAUCCUGUCAGUGUUUCUAUUAGUAGUGAUAUAGCAGUUUAUAAUAAUCCUGUCAGUGAUGUCACAUUUUAUAAUAACCCUGUCAGUGUUUCUAUUAGUAGUGAUAUAGUAGUUUAUAAUAACCCUGUCAGUGUUUCUAUUAGUAGUGAUAUAGCAGUUUAUAAUAAUCCUGUCAGUGAUGUCACAUUUUAUAAUAAUCCUGUCAGUGUUUCUAUUAGUAGUGAUAUAGCAGUUUAUAAUAAUCCUGUCAGUGUUUCUAUUAGUAGUGAUGUCACCGUUUAUAAUAACCCUGUCAGUGUUUCUAUUAGCAGUGAUAUCACAGUUUAUAAUAACCCUGUCAGUGUUUCUAUUACCAGUGAUAUAGCAGUUUAUAAUAAUCCUGUCAGUGAUAUAGCAGUUUAUAAUAAUCCUGGCAGUGAUAUAGCAGUUUAUAAUAACCCUGUCAGUGUUUCUAUUACCAGUGAUAUAGCAGUUUAUAAUAAUCCUGGCAGUGAUAUAGCAGUUUAUAAUAAUCCUGGCAGUGUUUCUAUUAGCAGUGAUAUCACAGUUUAUAAUAAUCCUGUCAGUGUUUCUAUUAGCAGUGAUAUCACAGUUUAUAAUAACCCUGUCAGUGUUUCUAUUACCAGUGAUAUAGCAGUUUAUAAUAAUCCUGUCAGUGAUAUAGCAGUUUAUAAUAAUCCUGGCAGUGAUAUAGCAGUUUAUAAUAACCCUGUCAGUGUUUCUAUUACCAGUGAUAUAGCAGUUUAUAAUAAUCCUGUCAGUGAUAUAGCAGUUUAUAAUAACCCUGUCAGUGUUUCUAUUACCAGUGAUAUAGCAGUUUAUAAUAAUCCUGGCAGUGUUUCUAUUAGCAGUGAUAUCACAGUUUAUAAUAAUCCUGUCAGUGGUGUCACAGUUUAUAAUAAUCCUGUCAGUGUUUCUAUUACCAGUGAUAUAGCAGUUUAUAAUAAUCCUGUCAGUGUUUCUAUUAGCAGUGAUAUCACAGUUUAUAAUAAUCCUGGCAGUGUUUCUAUUAGCAGUGAUAUCACAGUUUAUAAUAAUCCUGUCAGUGGUGUCACAGUUUAUAAUAAUCCUGUCAGUGUUUCUAUUAGUAGUAAUGUCACAGUUUAUAAUAAUCCUGUCAGUGUUUCUAUUAGUAGUGAUGUCACAGUUUAUAAUAAUCCUGUCAGUGUUUCUAUUAGUAGUGAUGUCACAGUUUAUAAUAAUCCUGGCAGUGUUUCUAUUAGCAGUGAUAUCGUCGUUUAUAAUAAUCCUGUCAGUGUUUCUAUUAGCAGUGAUAUCACAUUUUAUAAUAAUCCUGUCAGUGUUUCUAUUACUAGUGAUAUCGCAGUUUAUAAUAACCCUGUCAGUGUUUCUAUUAGUAGUUAUAUAGCAGUUUAUAAUAAUCCUGUCAGUGAUGUCACAGUUUAUAAUAACCCUGUCAGUGUUUCUAUUAGUAGUUAUAUAGCAGUUUAUAAUAAUCCUGUCAGUGUUUCUAUUAGCAGUGAUAUAGCAGUUUAUAAUAAUCCUGUCAGUGUUUCUAUUAGCAGUGAUAUAGCAGUUUAUAAUAAUCCUGUCAGUGAUGUCACAGUUAAUAAUAAUCCUGUCAGUGAUGUCACAGUGUAUAAUUACCCUGUCAGUGAUGUCACAGUUUAUAAUAACUCUGUCAGUGAUGUCACAGUUUAUAAUAACUCUGUCAGUGAUGUCACAGUUUAUAAUAACUCUGUCAGUGAUGUCACGUGUUAUAAUAUCCCCCCUGGCUGUGGUUAUGGUUGUCUGGGAGGAAGUUAUACCAUGAGUUCUGUAGCCCCGCCCAGCCGUUACGCAGGUGGUUCCGAGUCAUGUGACUGA